AUGGCUCCUCGGAUAGAAUUCAACGUCGAGCAGAUUCGCAACAAGGCGAGAAAAGAUCUGUUGUAUCUCCUCGAAGGCGUUCGCGGGAAGAAGAAUGUCGUUCUAGAUCAAAGCCUCGUCGGCCCAAUCGGGACUAUAGUCAAGGUUGCCGUCCUUCAAGAAUAUGGAGUAGAUAAGUUCUUCAUUCUAGAAAAUGACAAUGCCGAUACCAGCCAGCGCAAUGUUGUCUUUAUUUCUCGUGGCGAAUGCGGCCGCCAUGCUGAAGCUAUAGCUGCUCAAAUUAAGCGUAUUCAGCGCGAAAGCCAAACCGGGCACGACUUUCACAUAUUCUGGGUCCCUCGCAGAACGCUCGUCUCCGACAAGCUUCUAGAAGAGGCUGGUGUAUUAGGCGACGUCAACAUUGCGGAGUUGCCGCUAUCGUUCUUCCCUCUUGAGAAGGAUGUUCUGUCACUCGAGCUCGACGACUCAUUCCGCGAUCUGUACCUAUCCAAAGAUGUUACACCCAACUUCCUCAUGGCCAAAGCCCUUAUGGAGAUUCAAAGGAAUCACGGCCUCUUUCCACGAGUGAUAGGGAAGGGCGAUAACGCAAAGCGCGUUGCUGACUUGCUUUCUCGCAUGCGCCAGGAGCUCCUUGCUGGUGAAGAUACGUCAGAAGCGAAUAAGAUUGGGUUGACGCCUAGCACAACGAAUGAGAGCGUGAUUAUCAUCGAUCGCGAAGUUGACUUUGUUACACCCUUGCUCACUCAACUGACAUACGAGGGACUCAUCGACGAAGUCUUCGAGAUCCACAACAAUCAGACCAAAGUCGACACAACAGUUGUCGGUGCACCGGCACAGGCCUCGGCUGCGACUUCACAAAGUCGGAAGCGAACGAUCCAGUUGGACUCGAGCGACAAGCUUUAUGAACAAUUACGUGAUGCCAACUUCGCGAUCGUUGGGAGCCUCCUCAACAAAGUUGCGAGACGGCUACAGAAGGUGCAGAGCGAUUACGAGAGUAAACACAAAACAAAGACUAUUGCGGAACUCAAAGACUUUGUUAGUCAAUUGCCAGGAUAUCAACAAGAACAACAGAGUGCGAGAAUACACACAGGCCUCGCCGAGGAGAUCAUUAAACAUACCCGGACAGACCAGUUCAAGGGACUUUUGGAGGUUCAGCAGAAUCUCGCAGCUGGAGCUGACCCGUCAAGCCAAUUCGAUGGCAUCGAAGAAUUAAUAGCGCGAGACGCCCCGAUUGCGCAAACUCUGAGAUUACUGUGUAUCUACUCGUGCAUAUCUGGAGGCAUAAGACCUAAGGAAUUUGACCAAUUCAGGCGACUCAUUCUUGAAGGCUACGGUUACCAGCAUCUUCUCACGCUUAGCAAUCUCGAGAAACUACAGCUCUUUCUGUCGAAGUCAUCACCCCUGGCUGGAAUGAUCCCCAUCCCAGGCAACAACGCCGGCGCAACGGGGAGCAAGACGAAUUAUACCUAUCUUCGCAAGCAGCUUCGGCUCAUCGUCGAUGAGGUUCAAGAGGAUGACCCCAACGAUAUUUCCUACGUGUACAGUGGCUAUGCCCCUCUUUCGAUUCGCCUCGUACAAUGCAUUCUGCAGAAGCAAUAUCUGCUCUCGGUGACCAAGGGGAACAGCGCUAGCGCAGCGGGAGCGCCUGCAGGCGUGGGUACGCAAGGAUGGCAAGGUUUCGAUGAAGCUGUCAAACACGUUCGUGGGCAGACGUUUUAUGAUCAUCAGAAGGGUGAAGAUAAGGCUGUCAAAGCGCGGGCAUUGCUCUCUGGAAGUGGCAACAAGCAGACUGUCUUUGUUGUCUUCGUUGGCGGCAUCACUUUCACCGAGAUUGCUGCUUUAAGGACUGUCCAAAAAAUCGACAUCGAGAAAAAGCAUGUUGCUGUAAAGAGUCUAACCACUCGAAUCUUCUCACUGCCUACCUACCUACCUACCUUAUUCAUUAAUCCUCGACAUCGAUUGAGUUCAGAGGACCAAUACCCAGGGAAAGCCCUCGAAACCAACGCCGCUAUGGGUACAGACUUUGGGCAGAGCUUCCGCAAGGGGAUUGGCAUUAGGAAGAGGGACUUGAACGAUAAGGAUGCCAUUGAUUCGCUGACUCCGUCCGACACUAUUGUUAUGUCAAACCCAGGCCGUAUAUCGCCUCCAAUCACUCCUGAUGUGGUUUCGGUUCCUCAGUCGCGACAAACUUCGACGGAAAUAGCUUCUGAGAUUGCGCCAGAAAUUGUCGUGUGGACUGAAGAUAUGGAUAUGGAUAUCGACAACGCUAGUCACGUUGAGUCCGACGAUGAAUUGUCAAGCAUCAAAAGCUAUGCCGAGGAAGAGCCUCCUCAAACCGACGAUGAUCCAACGUCAUUUCAGGUAUCUACUGUAGAUGACGCCAUGGGCUCUCUUCCCUCGAAUCUCACAGAGCUAUCAGACCUUUCAUCGAUACCUUCGACGGUGUCGAGUAAGGCUACUACCCCUACGCCAGUCGAGACUGAGGGUGCACAAGAAGAAGACCAAGACCAAGACCAUCCAAUCGACGAGCAGCCCCAGUCUCAUCAACAAUCACCUUCUCAUGAUGCCGAACGCUAUAACUUCAACAUCAGAUCGAAGGCUUCGAUACCAACCGAUAUGUCAGCAUACCAAUAUGCAUCAGAAUGUGUCUCGGCCGCCGAGUCAAGCCGGCUCAGUCCAUACGCUUUGCAUCCGGAGGAAUAUCACCUCCUCUGUCACCACAUAUCUUAUACGCAAGUAACAACAUAUCUCAAUAUCAGAAAUGGUAUCAUACGGUUAUGGCUCAAACACCCUUGGAUCGGUGUGACCCGGCUGGAAGCGGUUGGGUGUGCCAACGCUCGCUGGUUCGAUGCAGCGAGUGUUUGCUAUGAUUGGCUUGUUCGUCGAGGUUAUAUCAACUACGGAUGUGUGCGACUCUCUGAAGCCGAGACAGAUGAUACUGUCGCGCCAGUUGUCAAGAGACAAAAGACAAUCGCUGUCAUAGGUGCUGGUAUCUCCGGACUGGGCUGCGCUAGACAGCUUGAGGGGCUGUUCAGGCAGUUUGCUGAUCGGUUCCAUGAACGAGGCGAGCCUGCGCCUCGAGUGGUUGUGCUCGAAGGACGAGCCCGCGUCGGAGGAAGAGUAUACUCUCGCGAGUUCCAGACCAAACCAAAAGAAAAAUUACCAGCUUUUGAAGGCAAGCGACAUACCGCAGAAAUGGGCGGCAUGAUCAUCACCGGAUUCGACCGGGGGAAUCCUAUCAACAUCCUGCUUCGUGGACAAUUGGGACUCCCAUAUCAUGCACUGACAGCUGAUACUACGAUAUACGACAGCAGUGGAAGAGCAGUCGAUCCUGUUCGCGAUCAGCUCGUCGAAAAACUUUACAAUGAUUGUCUAGACCGAGUCAGCGAAUACAAACAUAAGAAUCAACUUGCAAAGCUUGUUGAAGGUAGACGAGACUUCAUCGAAGAGGGGCGUGAUAGUCCUGGAGACGGCAGCAAGACAAUGUUUCAAGAAGAAGAAGAAGCUGCAGCAGCACAGCCAGAUGCACCACCAGUGGCACAACAGAACAUCCCAGCAGAGGUCAAUCUGAUACCAGUGUCGUCAGAUAAGCUGACGGGUAGGGUUCAUAUGGAGCCUGGAACUCCUGCGACUACUAAAGCCUCCGACAAGGCAAAAAUGAUGGGCUGGACAAUACGAGACUCAGCUGACGGAGAGAAUAUUGAUUUAACAUCGGCAGUGAAUGAAGAGGGAGCAACUUUGGGAUCUGUUCUUGAUAACGCCAUUUCCCAGUACAAACAAAUUGUUGGGCUGAAUGCCCAGGAUCACCGACUGAUUAACUGGCACAUUGCCAACUUGGAGUACAGUAACGCCACAAGCUUGCACAACCUGAGCCUCCCAUUGUGGGACAUUGAUGCAGGUAAUGAAUGGGAGGGAAGCCAUACAAUGGUCGUGGGUGGUUACCAAAGUGUGGCUCGCGGCUUGGUUCACUGCCCAAGCUCACUUGACCUCAAGACUAAAUUCCCGAUCAAGAGCAUAUCCUACCAUACUGGAGAGGGCAUGGCCUCAGCUGCGAUUGAAUGCGAAGAUGGCUCAGUAGUUGAUGCUGAUGCCGUGGUUUGCACUAUUCCGCUGGGUGUUUUAAAACAGAACAAUAUCGUCUUCAACCCACCUCUUCCGUCAUGGAAGACUAAUGUCGUUGAGCGACUUGGAUUCGGCAUUCUGAACAAGGUUGUUCUAGUGUACGAUAAGAUUUUCUGGGACCAUGACAGACAUAUCUUCGGCGUCUUGAGGGAGUCUUCAAACCGGCUUAGUACCUCGCAAAAAGACUAUGCCGCGAACCGCGGCCGCUUCUUUCAAUGGUUCAACGUAUCCAACACAACAGGUCUUCCAUGUCUCAUUGCUUUGAUGGCUGGUGAGGCUGGCUUUGAAACAGAACAUUCAAGUAACGACAGCCUUGUGGCUGAAGCAACGGAAGUACUACGCAGCGUCUUUGGCCAGGAUGUUCCCUAUCCUGUAGAGGCCAUGGUUACCCGCUGGGGUUCGGAUCGAUUCGCUCGAGGUAGUUAUUCUUCUGCUGCUCCUGGGAUGCAGCCGGAGGACUACGAUGUCAUGGCCAGGCCUGUCGGAAACCUCUUCUUUGCUGGUGAACACACCAUUGGUACGCACCCAGCCACGGUUCAUGGUGCCUAUCUGUCUGGUCUAAGGGCCGCUUCCGAAGUAUUGGAGACCUUGAUCGGCCCCAUUGAGGUCCCGACACCUUUGAUUCUGCCUCGAGAUUCUGUGCUGCUACGCAAGCGUAAGGAGCCUGCCCAAGAUCAGCAACCAGCACGUCUCCAGGCCUAUGAGAAUGAGAUUCAGACCUAUAUACAAUCAAAGCUCGGGGACCGACCCUCUCGCCCAGCUAAGGUCGCGGGUAAUGCGUAUAUACUAUAUAGCAAGGAUCUAUUCGACGUUGCCAGGAAGAAGUGUGAGGAGAAUCGCAAACCAGGAAAAGGUGGGCGUGCUGUGCCCAACGAAGUCCGGAUCAUGACUAGUAAGAUGUGGAAGGACGCUACGCCUGAGGAGCGGAAGCCGUACGAAGACCAGGCAACGGAGCAAAAGCGCGGUUACGCUGAAGCUGUUCAGGCGUGGACCCGAGCCACCGAACGAUGGGAUCACGAGGCCGCUGCGCUGCGAACAGCUUACGAGAAAGAGAAUCCCUUUGAUGCCGCCAAGAUAGCAGAGAUCCCUCGCGAGACAUCCAACAAACAUCGUCGGACAAGACAUAUAAGUUAUGCGGAGGACAGUGACAUUGGGUUCUGA